CUCCAAUGUAACCUGGCCGCUCAGUGCGGGACUUUUAUGUGACCGGUGUAGUGAGAGAAGCCAUGGAGGUCUGUCGUAAGUCCUCUGGGCUGUUGCUGCUUCUUGGAUUGUCUCUUCUCGCCACUACCUUGCAGGGUGUGCAAGGUGAGGCCGAGUUAGAAGGUCCAUCCGAAUCCGAAUGUAGGCCAUAUAUCGAAAAAGCUCUUAAAGAGUUGGAGACUGGCGAACCUGCUGACACGGGGUCUUCAGAAACAGGCGAUAGUAAAGAAGAUCUCCCAACUGUAGAGAUAAGCGACGACGCCGAUCGCCAAGAAGGCGAAGAUGAUGAUAACGACACUAACGAAGAUGGAAAGGAAAAUGCCGAAAUAGUUUCCGAACAAGAAAACGCACAAGAGAGCGAAGAAGCAGCAGAUGAAACGAAAAGCUCUGAGGAUCAGGGUGGAGAUGCUAGUGAGGAACAAGCAGACCAACCACCUGACGGAGACGACACAAAUAGUGAAGAAGCAGCAGACGAUGAACCAAACAAAGAAUCUACAGAAGAUGAAGACUCCCAAGAAGACGAAAAUGCAACGGAAAGUGUAGAAGCGCAAGGUGUCGAGGCCGACAGUAAACAAGAAAAUGUUAGUGAUGAUAAUGUGGAAAGCAAAGAAGAAAGUAAAGAAGAUCAAACACAGGAUGAUGAUCAAGGGGAAAGCAAAGAAGAUCACGUUGAAGCUGAAAGUCAAGAAGAACAAGUAGCAGAUCAAGAAGGCGUUGAUGGUAGCAAAGAAGAAAGUGAAAGUAAAGAAAAUGAGGCCGAUACCAAAGAGGAUGAUGACAACCAAGCUGAUGAUGACUCUGUAGAAACAACGCAAGCAACAGAUAGCGAUAGUAAAGAAGAUGAACAAGGAGAAAGUAAAGAUGAUCAGGAUGAACCUAGUAACGAAGCUACUGAAUCUGCAGAAAACGACAAAAGUGUUGAAAAUGGAGGUGGUGAAGCUAAAAGUCAGGAAGAUGACGACAACGACAGCAAAGAAAAAGACGCUGAAUCCACAGAGGAUUCUAAACAUGACACUAAAGAAGACGAUACAAAUGAUGAUUCCAAAGAAGGUGACACUAAAGAAGAUGAUUCUAAAGAAGACAAUACUAAAGAAGACGACACCACAGAAGACAACACCAAAGAAGACGACACCAAAGAAGACGAUACUAAAGAAGAUGACACCAAAGAAGACGACACUAAUGAAGAUGAUAUAGACGAUAAUACCAACGAGGAGAAGAGCGGUGAAAACGAUGACGAUGAGAAAAGUGGAGAGGAAUCUGAAUCGGUACCAGAAGAAGAACUAAGUUUGGACAUUGAUAUUCCCACAGAAUUAAGGCCAAGAGAUCAAGUAGAAAAAUUACUUAAAUUAGACGAAGAGUCGUCGGAAAUAGAAAGCAUUAUAAACAGAGUAUCUGAAAUAACUCUAAAGGAAUUAAAGAAGCUUUAUGAAAAUGCAAUUAAACCUUUAGAAGUAUUAUACAAGUACAGAGAUCUUAGCAACAGACAUUUUGGUGACGCAGAAAUUUUUUCUAAACCUUUAAUCCUCUUUAUGGGCCCAUGGAGUGGAGGGAAAUCAUCUAUAAUCAAUUAUUUAUUGAAUAAUGAAUACAACGAAACAUCAUUAAAAACUGGAGCAGAACCGUCACCUGCUUACUUCAAUAUCAUGAUGUAUGGAGAAGAACCUGAGGUAGUAGAUGGUACAGAAUUAGCAGCUGAUUUCACUUUCUCAGGUUUACAAAAAUUUGGACAAGGCCUGGAGGAACGUCUCAGAGGAGUGAAACUUCCCAAUAAACUUUUAGAAAAGGUGAACGUUGUUGAAAUCCCUGGCAUUCUUGAAGUGCGCAAGCAGGUGUCAAGAGUAUUCCCAUUCAAUGAUGCUUGCCAAUGGUUCAUUGACAGAGCGGACAUUAUAUUUUUGGUUUAUGAUCCAUCGAAGCUUGACGUCGGUCCAGAAACCGAGGCUAUUCUUGAUCAACUAAAAGGAAGAGAACAUCAAACUCGCAUAAUUCUAAAUAAAGCUGACCAAGUGAAACCUGAGGAAUUAAUGAGAGUUCAAGGAGCUUUGAUUUGGAACAUAUCACCACUAAUGUCAUCCCCACAACCUCCUGUAAUGUAUACGACAUCAUUAUGGUCCAGACCAUACGAACCAUGGGCUCCUGUUAGACUCCUACAGGCCCAAGAAAGAGCUUUUCUGAGAGAUUUGAGAGGUGCUAUUGAUAAACGCAUCGAAAAUAAAAUCGCAAGUGCACGAAGAUUUGCGGUGCGUGUACGAAACCACGCCAAGAUGGUAGAUUGUUACCUCACUACUUACUACAAUCACAAAUCUGUAUUCGGAAACAAGAAACAAGUAGCGAAUGAGAUUAUUGAGCAUCCUCAAGACUAUCACAUUUAUGAGGGUCUUUCGACAUUAACGAAUAUUUCACGUUAUGAUCUGCCGGAUCCUGAUGUCUACAAAGACUUCUUCAAACUGAAUCCUCUGUAUGACUUCCAGCAACUCUCUGCAACUUGCACGUACUUCAGAGGAUGUCCCAUCAAUAGGCUGGAUAUUGCGAUUGCAUAUGACCUACCUGAAUUGGUUGGGACACACAAGAAAUUGGUGGAAAAUGCACUGGCUGAGGCACAGAGCCAAUCAACAGCUGCACCUGGCAGUUGAGCCAGUAAAAAAAAAAGGACCAAGUAUUAACCCUAAAGUCGCAGGGUACACCCUGCAAGAGAAAUAUCGACGGAUUUAUCUCAGAAAAUUGAACCAGAUCUAAUCUAAUCUAAUCUAAUCUAAUCUAAUCUAAUCUAAUUCAAUUUAAGUAUAGUUAUAUUGCCUUAUACCCAGAUCUCGAUCAGUUCAAAAUUUUUGAGAUAAAGCUCCUCAGUAACAGACUUUCUAUAAGCGCUCAUAGCGCUAUAGCAUCGCGACAUCAUUUAAAUCAUUCAUGUAAUCAGUGCUGUCGCUAUCAUCCUUACCUGGACUGAUGUUGUUAAGUGCACGUUACAGACAUUAAUCAGCCAUGCUUGCAUAGUAUCCUGCCAUGUGUGUUGAUAGCAUUUAAAGAAUUCUUGCAAACGGAGUGUUCAAACAAGUAUCGAUACAAUCAAAGAGAGUGCGUUAUUAUAUAUAUUUUUCAAACCAGAUGUACAAUUCCUUACUAAAUUUACAGUGUUUGUUGUUGUUACGUGUAUACUGAAUGUACAGAUAAUUGAUACAUCGUAGUUAUGUAACUUAGUUUUUAUUUUCGUUGUUUUCCCUGUUUUUCAUUUUAUUAAAUAAUUUAUGAAUAACAUUAUAAGAAGACAUAAUUAGGUUAAGUUAUUCAAUAAAAUAAAUAUAUAUUUUCA